AGGAAGCGGGAGCAGCCGGGAAGAAGAAAGACGAUUUCGCCAGCUUCUUCCUUCUCCCAAACCGCAGCCCGUCAUCGUCGCGCCCAAGCGCGCUCCUUCGACAUCAAGAACUUUCGCCACGCGCUCCGACGGAUGGGAGCAUCGUGAUGCGACUCCGUGGCCUGGACCUCUGGCUCGCGCGCACGGGAUUCACCCCGGAUUCGUGACCCCACCGACGCCGAAGUGACUGUGCAGGGUGAGCAGGUGCGAGCCCUGAAUGCCUCUGGACGUGCGCCGUGGGUGCCCUGGCGUACGAGUGAAUCAUCCGGUUCGGCGGCCGAGGUACAGUUCGAGUGAUUUUGGUGGCGUCACAGGACCGCUAAGAGAAAGGCGGGUUUUCCUGCUUUUGUACCGGCACUUUGUCGCGAAUUUCGGUGCCAACGUUUCCGUGGUUCCGCACGGACUGGUACGCCCGCGCACUCUGCGUGUUUCGUGAGAACGUGCGCCGUCGCUGCCCCUCCGCUUCUUCGCCAGUGCUCUCUCGAGAGGGCGAGCGAGUCGACCCUCGUCGUGUUUCCUGCUCUUUUUUAAAGUGGUGCGCGUGGCCGCAACACCCCCACUUCUGCCUCUCGAGUGUUGUUGCUUGUGCCUUCCGAAAAGUGUCGUAGAUGCCAACGCGCCGCAAGGACAGCUCGCGUCGUCUGUCGGAGCCGUACGGACCACGCUGUUCCGACUCGCAGAGAUCGGACGCGGGACAUGAACUGGUGCGUCGCAAGCGCGUUCGUACCGGACGGAACGCCUACCGCUCCUCGCAUGCUCGGAUAGCAGCCAGGUCAUGCUCUAGGAAAGGGACCUACGAAGGAUUAUGUUGAACUAUGCGUGCUGCAAAUACGUGGUGACCAAAGCGACCGUCUACCACAGUUCGCUGAUUGACCUCUCGCGAAGCCGUUCGGUGCACGCUGUGGAACAUCAGCCCUGUUGUCCGGACCCCCAGCUCCUGUCGGCAGCCGACUGCAGGGCCGUCCACUACGGUCUGUGUUCUCCUCUCCUCAAGCUCCCGUCGUUCUCAGUGGCGCCGACGUCACCGACCAAGACGGCUCCACAGCCGCCGAGGGCCCAGUCGGCCUCUCCGGCCGCCGGUCUGGACCUCGAGGCGCUGGACCCCGUAGAGCUCCUCGCCGCCGACCUGGAGGGAAAAUUGGAAGCUCUGGUCAACUCGUUCGUCGCCCAGGAUAAGGUCAGGCUGGCGGCGAGGAAAUCCAAGACCACGGCUGUCCCUUCGGCGCAAGCGUCAUCCAGCGGGAAGAGGUCUGUCCUGGCGCAGUCUUCCGGCGUCGACACGUCUUCAAAAGCAUCGUCCUCGUUUUCAGCGAAGAACAAGGCUGACGUGGACACGAAGCUCGAAGUUAAAAAGAAGUGGCUCGCAACAAGCGACAAAGAAGCGAAGGCUAAGAAGGAUAACGGUCUGAAGUCUGGUGAAACGAAUUCACCAAAAAAGAAUGCAUCAGAUUCGUUGCUUUCUUCCACGUUGGGAAAAGCGAAGAAAGAAGUAGCACCCGCUCGCUCUUCUAAGGUAAGCGAAGACAAAGCGACAACUUUGACUAGGCUAUCGAGACAAUCUGCACCAGACGUAAAAAGUCCAAAAUCCAGCUCUGGCUACGGUGCUUCGAGAGGCGAGACAUCUAAGCCACAUACUGCCAAACCUGUGACGAAGGACCUGAAACCGGCUCCGGAUGAAAAAGCUCGCAGUCCUGUCCUCGAAUCCGUCAACGCUGACAAGUCCCAGAGGAGCCCUUCUCCCACCUCUACUAGAUCAAGUCCUCAAAGAACAGUCUUCAAGGUUUCACCACCAAGCGUGAUAUCUCUAGUCACAGGAGCCCCCAAACCAACUACGACGACUCAGAGUUUCAGUGCGACCUACGUUCCUACAGUGACAACCGCUCACGCGGUUCCCGCGUUGAUCACAACAAUUACAACAGACAGUGUUAAGGCUCAAGAGCCCCCCAGCGUUAAGAGCCAGAAAGAGGCCGCACGUCCAUCCAGCUGCACCAGUGUUCCCAAAGAAGCCACCGGCAAUGCGUCUAGUCAAUCCUCUAACGGCGAUACAAAGCCUACUACUUCAGCACUCAGUGAAGCUCUCGACCCCAAGCCCAGCACAGUCAAGCAAUCCACGUCUUCCGCGGUGGACUACGCGAAAGCGCGAUUCCAGGGUAACGCGGAGCCCCACCGCUUCGAGGAACUCCUGAAACAGAGGCCAAAGAACGGCCACGUCGUGAAUGAUGCCAAGUCUCGCUGGGAGUCGUUGACUUCCCCGGAACAGCUAUGGACCGGCGGCGGGCCGUCGGUCCCGUGCGCUAUCCCGAGCGAGCCGUGCCACGAGAUGGACUCUCCCUUGUCCACGUCUCCCCGGAGACUUCACUCUCCGGACGGUCUGUACAUGGAAGGCGGCGCGCCCGCCAUCCCGCACCCCAAGCUCACGUCUUCGCAGAAGCAGCACAUCAGGGAACGGUCCCUUUCGCCCACGGAAAGGACUCACGCGCACGUGCCCGUGCGUCCCUUCCUCACCAAGGGGUCCGUGGCCGAGCGCGUGCUCUUGUUCGAGCGCUGUCCCGAACGCAACUUGGAACGUACGCCCGCGCCGUCGAAGAGCAAGAACGCCGUUUACAGCGCGUGGAAGCACGGAUCUGUGGAUUCCCAGGCCGCGGUACAGAGCCCCCACGAGAAGGCGUUCGUGGACUCCCAGACGGCGUCCCUGAAGCGCGUGGUGCGGUCCUCGGCCAAGGCGACCUGCAUCCCGAGGUUCUACUACCCGCAGGGAAAGCCCCUCACCGCAGCCCAGGUGGACGGCCACCUCAAGAAGGUGUGCGCCGCCUUCGCCGUGUUCCGCGACGGCAGGGCCACCCGCAGCAACUUCGCCGCCAUCGCCAGGGCCUGCGGGAUUCCCCUGUACUGGAAAAUGCCGCUGUUCGUGGCGUGCGGCGGCGAGUCGAGGGGAUACGUCACGAGCGAUCACUUUACGGGUUUCUGGAAGAGGAUAGUCUCUGGGGGUCGUGACGAACCAACCUGGUUCGUCAAGAUUCUAAGCAAAGGGACGAGAAACUAUCUCCUUCCCGACGACUUUAUUCCAAUGAUGCAGGAUGUGAUAGACACUCAUCCAGGAUUGACAUUUCUCAAGGAAGCCGUGGAAUUCCACUCAAGAUACAUUAAUACGGUGAUUGCUAGGAUAUUUUAUUGUGUAAAUAGAUCGUGGAGUGGCAGGAUUACCAUUCCCGAACUCAGGAAAAGCAAUUUCUUACAAGUGCUGUCACUUCUGGAAGACGAGGAGGACAUCAACCAGAUUACAGAGUACUUCUCGUACGAGCAUUUCUACGUCAUCUACUGCAAGUUCUGGGAACUCGACAAAGACCACGACCUGUACAUCGACAGGUACGACUUGUCACGACACAACGAGGGAGCCAUCUCUAUGCGGAUGAUUGAAAGAAUAUUUUCCGGUGCCGUGACAAGGGGUCCCGUGCAAAGGGAAGGAAAAAUGAGCUACAGCGAGUUCGUCUGGUUCAUCAUGUCAGAAGAAGACAAGAGGCAUCCCAGGAGCAUAGAGUACUGGUUCCGGUGCAUGGAUAUAGAUGGCGAUGGGUACUUGUCCAUGUAUGAGUUGGAUUACUUCUACGAGGAGCAACUGACACGCAUGGAGGCACUUGGCAUUGAGACGCUACCUUUUGGAGACUGCCUCUGCCAGAUGUUGGACAUGAUCCAGCCGCGAAAGAAGGACAAGGUAUCCCUGGCGGACCUGAAGAGGUGCAAGAUGACGCCCAUCUUUUUCGACACUUUCUUUAACCUGGAAAAGUAUCUGGAUCAUGAACAGCGUGAUCCGUUUGCAUCUCAAAGGGACCAUGACGGUGACGGGCUAGAGAUUUCUGACUGGGACAGGUUUGCCGCCGAGGAAUACGAGCUUCUAGUCGCUGAAGAAGGAAACCUUGAAAAUCAUGAUCUGAUGUACGGCGACUACGAUCCAGACGACGAUGACCUGUCGCCCCACUUGGACAAGCUGGGAGAGCCCUUCCGCUGCCGAGGGCGAGGUGGAAACCUCGAUGACGACGAGUAUGACUACGCGGAAACGGACGCGGACUACCACUACUGAAGCCACCAAGAUCGGCCAAAUCCUGCGAGCCAUGAAGUGACUAGAGUCCUUUGAAAGUGUUUUUUUUUUCCUCAAAACCGGUGAAAAGGAGAGCCGAACAGCACACAGCUGUCGGCCCUAGGUGUGCUGUUAAGACGACGUGAAACAUGACGCAACCAUCUUUCAGCUUCUACAGCCACAUGGAACAUCGGUACAAGUGCGCCCUACCGUGUAGAAUUUAAGAGCGGUUUACAUCCUUCAGUGCAGCAUGCAAGUCACUACAGUUGCCUUACAUGAACUACGGCAAAAUAUUGUUUUUGAUGAGAGUGCAAUAGUCCAGUUGUCGACGUUUAUUUGGCUUCUUUUCCACGGGGAAAAAGUCACAAUUCAUAUCAUAUAGCAAAUGGUCCACUGCAGCCUUCUUCGCUGUAACUUUCUGAGCCUGCGUAUUUAAAAUAUUGUUUAUCGUCCUUAAAACAAACUGCAAAUUUUUUUAGCCAGCAUAUUUUAUUUUCUACAUUACCUCUGUAGGUCAUCUCGGGAGUUCUCUGGAGAAUUGCAGGAGGCGUGGAUGUGAGCACGACUUCGGAAACUGCUUUGUCUGUCCUAGUGCUCGUGCAAACCAGCGAUUUCCCUACACCCCCCCCCCCCCCCCCCGUUUUUUUUUAAGGCAACGACUCCUCUAUUCUCAAGCCCUUCCCCCCCCCCUAAUUUCAAUUCCUGGGAAAACCCCUGGUGCAAACGCAACUACUUUUUGGACCUCUGCUUUCUCCUUUUGCCCUUCAUAGCAUUGCACAGAACUUAUGAGACAAAGAAAAAUAUAAUAUAUAUUAUUUAUAGACAAAGGCAUUGUCUUGAGCAAGGUUUGCCACAUCAAGGGAAGGCCUUGAUCAUGAAAGCUAAAAUGUAAGAGCAGUCAUAAUUGAACGAGCAAAGGGAACAUAUUUUGUAUGUAAACCCAAAUUGAGAUAUAACACAGAGCUACAAGAUGUCUUUCUUCGGGCAAAUUGCAGAAGACAAAAAUAGUUGACAUGAGGCUUGAAAGUGGUAAGGUCACGUAACUAAAAGUAGAUUGGUUUUAGAGUUCCUCGUCUAAUGUCAAUGAUUAAAACUCGGUUUGUUGCACGACGUCAGUCUAUAUUGUGAUAACCAUAAAAUUCCCAAGUUUGGGGAAGCUAACUAAAUAUUUGUGCUAUUAAAUGAAACUCAUGCCUCUUCUCUGCAGUAAAGAUAAUUCAUUAUGACAUGGUUUUCUGAGUAAUAGGGAGACAGGGGAUGGAAGUUCUUAACUACUGUUUGCGGUACUUACAAACCUUCAGGAAUAUUCUUAAUUCAUUUUAAACUAAACAUUUGGUAUCUUUAAAGAUAACUAAAGACACCUAAAAAACAUAUUAAGAAUAGGGACAAGGACAAAUCGCUCUCUGCCAAAGAUAGAUUCACUAUACUUCAUUUUUUUUAAAGAGGGUUGCACGGGCCACCAUUUAUUUUACAAGUGCUUUACUACUAUGACGCAAUGCCCAUUUGGUAUCCUAGAUGAUGGGUUUUCAAACUACGAUGUAGGAGACAAAUAGUAUCUACACUUGAAGGAAAGCUGUCACCAAAUUGUAUUCUGGUCAAGUAUAUUUUUAUUAGAGAGGAUAGUAUAUACCACCAAAACAUUCUGCAAUUUACCUUGUUAUUGGACAUGCAGCACUUAGGUAUCAUUAUCUUCUUUAAAGCUUGCUGCCUAAAACAAAACGCAAGCUGGACUCAUGACCGUAUUUGAAUAACAUACAGAUAAGAGCUCAUCCAAGAAAGGAAGAAAUGAAGGGAGGUUUAGCACAAUGAGCCAAUUGAAAUCAAAGAAGUGACAUGACAACUGGCAUCUAGCAUGGCUUAUCAUAGCAAAAAUGUGAGAGUAUAACUCAGAAGGGUCUUACUCUCACGAGUCACCAAUUGCUUGUAACUGCCGUAGUACCGAUUUUUGUCUCAUUAUUUUGAAGUUUUGAAAAUGCUUGAAAUUGCCAGUACCCACAGGUUAACCAGCUACUUUCUUUUCCAUCGCAGUUUGCCUUUAACUUCUAGUCUAAUGAAUGGAAGUAUGACUAACAUUUAACAUGAAGGGUCACACCCUGUUGGUGAGAUGAGCAAUGAAGCUGAAUAGAAUUUGUGCAAACUACAACUUUUUCUGGUCCUACUUUCUAGUCCAUUCAGAGCAAUUUGUAUGUAUGGCAUAAUAAAUUUAUUGGCAUAAAUUACUAGCUACAUAGUCUCAUUAGUUAUCUGCAGUUAUGUGUAAAUGUAUUGUAAAUUAAGAUUGAUAGCAUAGUUCAUUAUUUACAAAUAUGUGCAAAGGCUAAGACACCUACCAAAACAUGCGUGAAAAUCCUUGACAUACUUAUGAAACCUGCUUUUCGUGAUACCCAUGUCCCCUACUGGCAGCAAACAGUUGAAUAUUUUUAGGGUACAAAAGCAGCAAAUACUAUUUUAACAGAGCUAACAGCCUCUGGAGAUAACCGGAAAAUACCGAGCAUCCGCCCAUUCUAUUUUAAGCGCCUACUCCUCAAUUUUGUAACAUUCAGAAAAUACAGAAAAGAGAUAUCUUUACAUAUUGUAGACCUAAAGAGUGCCCAUUCACCAAUUUUACAUGAUUAUCUUCAAAUUAUGAGUGGAUGCUUGCUCGGGAUUUUAAAGGUAGGCAUUUGUACUAAAUGACUAAUAUUCGUCUGCUACCAUCUUUUUUUUUUUUCUGAACAUGAUGUGCCACAUUUUAUACAUUAAGACUAAGGUCCUCCCAUAAACACUUUGUUUGCAUUCGGCUUGUCAGUGUUUGCAAAUUGUUAUUCAGUACAAAGAUGUUUUUCCCUCUUUUCAUCCCAGUUUUGUGUUUAUUAAUUAAGCAUCAAUCGGCCUCAUUGUUAAAGAGUUAGCUGAAACAAUGUUCAUAUGUAAAUAUGACCAAAUCAUUUUUUGUGUCCGAGUGUAUGUAGCAUCUAGGAUGUUUCUGCAGAGAUAUAAAUGCUAGAACUUUUAUUUAUAAGACUACAGAGUUGCAAGCAGUGACCACUCUAGGCUAUAGAGCAGUGGUUUUCAAACUCUGGAGCAUGCACCUCCAGGGAUGCUCGAGUGUUUAAUUAUUUUCUACUAUAUUCAUUAGUGCAAACUGGGUUGCACAGGCUACAAAAUAUAUGUUUCCCUAAGUGUAGAUUUAAUUGGUCAAGUGCAUAAUCACUUGAUGCGAGGAAAAUCCCAGUAUCACAACUGAAGAUAAAAAUGCAACACAGCAGGGGAAUCAAAUUUGUUAUGCUUAACAAGCUAGCUGCUUUCAAGAUAUUUUUUGUUUUUACCGAAGUAUGGGCAAACUCUACGAGAAGUAGCCCUUGCUGUAUUUAAUUCUAAGCUUUUUAAAAUACAAUCUAGAAUAUAUUCAGAGAACCAAGAAUACAAGUGACACUCCACUCAAAAUGCUUGGAAACCACUGGUCUUUAAAGGAAAAGGAAACCAUGCUUUUAAAAGUGCAAGUAGGGUAUGCAUUGCUUGCUUAACAGAGUAUAAGAAAUGAAGUUUACCUUAAGUAGAAAAAAGCUGCCAUGAGAAAACUGUAAAUACAAUGGCAUAACUUCUAGCUCUUUGUCAUCACUUUUUCCCAGAAAGUUGCUGUGGGGAGACGGCGAUUCCCAUGCGUAGUGCACAGACAUACUAUGCCAACCAGAGUGCCUUCGAGAGAGAAACAAAAAAGAAUUGCUUCGUUUGUGCAUGAUGAAUGAAGCUAGCAUAUUUAUUAGUUUGAUUGAGUUGUUUGCGAGUUUCUUUUAUGCAUCUAAUUUGUUUCACAAGUGUACAAAUUUCUGCUGUGAAAUAAAACUUCUUACA